UAAUAACAAAGACUCGGUGAGUGUUGUGGUUCCUCUUAUCCCGACUUCACAUGUGGUGAUGGGCACGCGGCGAGGGUAAUCAUACACCCCCGACAAACGAGGGGAAGAAUAAUUGGUGCAAUUUUCUCUUGUUCACGCAAAUUUCAUGAGGAAUAUUUGGAAUUAACUAAGGAGGCUUGAAAACGCGAUUUAUAUAUCGAACUGUUUACGUAAAUCAAUACAUGUACACAGUGAGUUACAUGCGAGGAGGCAACGACUGCGUUCGAUGGAGACACACAAAUUGACGGGAUCAUUGUGUGUAUGUAAAAAUUCCGUAGCAACUGCCUCUUGUGUUCUCGUAACAAAACAGCUAAGUACCACUUACAGCCAUGGGCAGCCAGGUGAAACAAUAGACGGCUUGUAUGUCUAGUCAUGUGAUCAACACGAUACAUCAGCCGCUGGAGCCGAGUUACUGUUGGUGACAAAGUGAGUUUACUGGUGUAGAUAUGGAUCUCGUACUUAAAUCGUUUGUGUUCUUUUACAUUACAACAGGGCCGUAAUGGGCUGACGUAUAAUGAACAUUUUAACAAUUCAUUUAAAUGGGAUAAGCCGUGUGUCAUUUUUUUAAAGCGUCGAGUAUUUGGUUUAUGUAAAUUGAUUUUUUGAAUCGAAAACCCGACUACUGUGAUAGAGAAGUGUGAUUUUCUUGUGAUUCUCUGUGUAUUUGCUUCUUAAAUCCGUGAUGUGACUUUCUUAACUAAAUAGUGACAAGACACAAUGACGAACAGUACUGGGGACCCGUGUCUGGAGACGCGAUAUUGGUACUCAUUCCUGGCAUCUAGUCUCAUCGUCUUCUUCGCCGGGAUAGCCUUCAUCUUAUUUUAUCGCCUCAUCCUCUGGUUAUGCUGUCGACGGGCUACAAAUCCGCCAUCGCCCCCACAUGGGGCAUCCCCCAAAGUGGCCAAUCAUUCGGGUACUGUCAAUCCGUCAUCCAAAAGGAAAGGGUCAGCAAACAAUAUAAACGCCACAUCAAAUGCUGGUGCCACGUUACAGAAGAGUCCAGAUUCUGAGAUAGGUUACAUAACGGAGGCCAAAGACUGGGCGGGGGAGCUCAUCUCGGGGCAGACCACCACAGGGAGAAUAUUGGUCGGUUUGGUUUUCCUGCUGAGCAUUGCCUCCCUCAUCAUUUACUUCAUAGAUGCCUCAGAAGAGAAGGUUGAAUCGUGUACACCGUGGGCAGACAGCCCCCGGCAGCAGGUGGACCUGGCCUUUAAUGUCUUUUUUCUCAUCUACUUCUUCAUCAGGUUUGUGGCGGCCAAUGACAAGCUUUUAUUUAUAUGGAAGCAUCUUCAGGUAGUGGAUUACUUUACUAUCCCACCAUCCUUUGUGGCCAUCUAUCUGGACAGGAACUGGCUCGGUCUGAGAUUCCUGAGAGCCCUGCGACUGAUGUCCAUUCCGGACAUCUUGACCUACUUAAAUGUCCUGAAGACCAGCACCAUGAUAAAGCUGUCGCAACUGGUGGCCUUCUUCAUCAGUCUGUGGUUAGCUUCAGCUGGAUUUCUACAUCUAAUAGAAAAUGCGGGAGAUCCGUGGAAUAACUUUGAGAAUCCUCAACUUCUGACAUACUGGGAGUGUAUGUACUUCCUGUUGGUUACCAUGUCAACCGUGGGAUACGGUGACGUCGGGGCUCACACUGUCCUGGGAAAGAUAUUCAUUGUGCUCUUUAUAAUGAUCAGCAUCGGUAUGUUUGCAUCCUGGGUACCAGAAAUUGCAGAUAUAUUGGGAAGAAGACAAAAAUAUGGUGGCUGCUAUAAAAAAGAAAGGGGUAAAAAGCAUAUUGUAGUGUGUGGCCAUAUCACCUUUGAUUCUGUGUCCAAUUUUCUAAAAGAUUUUCUUCACAAAGAUAGAGAGGAUGUGGAUGUAGAAAUAGUUUUUGUUCACAAAAUUCUACCUGACCUAGAAUUAGAAGGGCUGCUAAAGAGACAUUUCACACAAGUGGAGUUCUUCCAUGGGACUGUGAUGGACGCUAAUGAUUUGGCCCGUGUCAAGAUUGAGUCAGCUGAUGCCUGUCUGGUUCUGGCCAAUAAGUAUUGUGAGGAUCCCGACCAAGAGGACGCAGCCAACAUAAUGAGAGUCAUCUCUAUCAAGAACUUCCACGCUGAGAUUAAAGUCAUUGUACAGCUGAUGCAAUACCAUAACAAGGCUUACUUGCUGAACAUUCCAAGCUGGGACUGGAAGAGAGGAGAUGAUGCUGUGUGUGUAGCUGAGCUUAAGCUGGGAUUUAUAGCUCAGAGCUGCCUAGCUCCCGGCUACUCCACCUUAAUGGCAAACCUCUUCACCAUGCGAUCAGACAAGCCUAAAGGUUACUUGAGAUCUCUUCAUCUAUUGGCCACGGACAUGCCCCAGUGGCAGUGUGAUUACAUGAGAGGCACCGCGAUGGAGAUGUACACAGAAUAUCUGUCCAGUUCCUUCAACUCAAUGACAUUCCCAGAGGCAGCAGAGCUUUGUUUCUCUAAGCUGAAGCUGUUGUUAUUGGCAAUAGAGGUCAGACAGGAAGACGGAAGGGAGAGCACUCUGGCGAUCAAUCCAGGGAGUAAGAUAAAAAUAGAAAACGCCACCCAGGGCUUCUUCAUAGCCGAGUCAGCGGAAGAGGUCAAACGGGCAUUUUAUUACUGUAAGUCGUGCCAUGCGGAGGUGACUGAUGUUAGAGCCAUCAAGAAAUGCCGCUGUAGACCUCUGGCCCAGUUUAAGAAAGGAGUGACUGCCGUUAUAGGAUUUGGGAACAAAUUAGCUACUGGCAGGUUUAGGAAGUACAAACUUAAUCAAUCCUGGAGACAAAAAGUCAGUUCAUUCCGCUAUUCUGCAAAUCCUUUACUGAGUAAGAAAGAUCGACCAGCCUCAGGGUCAAAGGACAAGGCGGGGGGAAAUGUCUCCAAUCCCCUGAUGACAGGAGAAAAGAGGAUAUCAUUUUCUUUAGGCAAAACUGAGAAACUGACCAAGCAUAUGUCUAUGAAGGGUCCGCGACUUGCCAUGGCCAUAGCAAGCUUGUUGUCAAAAUCCAAAGAGAAUCAGCCAACCACCCCCACCACCGCUAUCCUCCCGACCCUCACACAAGAUCCUGUGCCCCAAGACACCAGCGUAGCGCCGGGAGAGGAACCCAGGAAGUUUGAUUCCACGGGGAUGUUCCAUUGGUGCCCAGCAAGACCUCUCAUUGAGGCCAGAAUGGACCGGGAUAAAGCCUCCGCCACAGUCCUAUGUAACCACGUGGUGGUGUGUCUCUUUGCGGAUGCUAACUCUCCAUUGAUUGGUCUGAGGAACCUAGUCAUGCCACUACGAGCCAGUAAUUUCCACUACCAGGAACUCAAACAUGUAGUGAUUGUGGGAAAUCUGGAGUACCUAGAGAGGGAGUGGAGAACACUACAGAACUUCCCCAAAAUUACCAUUCUAGCUGGUUCUCCAUUGAACCGAGCUAACUUACGAGCAGUGAAUGUGAAUCUCUGUGAUAUGUGUGUGAUAUUAUCAGCCAAAGAUAAGAACUUGGACGAUCCCCAUCUAGUGGACAAAGAAGCCAUUUUAUGUUCCCUCAACAUCAAGGCCAUGACCUUUGAUGACAGUAUGGGACUUAUACAGGCCUCCGCACAGCAAGCACCAGGGUUUCUACCCCCAGGAUUCUCCCCCAUAGGAAGAUCUAAGAGGACCAGGAGGGGGUCAGUGUGUGGAUCCAAUGUCCCCCUCAUCACAGAACUGGCGAAUGACUCUAAUGUACAGUUUUUGGACCAGGACGAUGAGGAUGACCCGGAUACUGAGCUGUACAUGACCCAGCCGUUUGCCUGUGGAACGGCGUUCGCUGUCAGUGUGCUGGACUCACUCAUGAGCACAAGUUAUUUUAACGACAAUGCCCUGACUUUGAUACGGACCCUGAUCACUGGAGGUGCCACCCCAGAGCUGGAACAGAUCCUGGCUGAGGGGGCGGGGAUGAGGGGUGGGUACUGUACCCCCAGUGUGUUAGCUAACCGGGACAGAUGCCGUGUGGCCCAGGUCUCUCUGUUUGAGGGACCUCUGGCACAGUUUGGGGAGGACGGUAACUACGGUCAGCUGUUCCUGUAUGCUCUGAGGAACCUGGGAAUUCUGUGUAUCGGUCUGUAUCGCUUCAGAGACACCAACGAAUCCUCCUCUAGUCCCUCAUCAAAGCGUUAUGUGAUAACCAACCCCGCAGAAGACUUCAAACUUCUACCGACAGAUCAGGUUUUCUGUCUGGCUCCAUGCAAUCUGUCACAAAGUUCAAAUUCUUCCCAAAAAGACAGAACUCUUUUGCCUUCAGCCCUUCAAAACAACAUCGAGCGAUCAGCCUACAAGACAAGAGAGAGUGGAGGAUGCUAUACUGAAGCUAAAACGUGACAUCAAGCACAAUGUCCUUAACACCCAGGGGAGAGAACUCACAACGACGGCGUAAUGAACUGCUAGUCAACGGCUGUGCUCUCACUUCUUACAUGACAUUAACUGUGUGUGUGUACUGUACAUCGUGUGUAGAUUCUGUCCUCACCUUGCUCACCAUUGUUAGUGUUAUAAAGAGACACAGACAUUGUUUGUUGUUUGAGGGUUUGACCCUAAGUUACAUUGUAAAUGUUGCCUGUUCUU